AUGCAGAAUGUGAAGCAAGCUACUGCUAACUUGUUUCUCAUCAGUAUCAUCCUGUACAUCAUCGUUGGACUGCAAAUCCUCUUCUCAGCCCCUGAUCACAGUAUUCAAGAACGACCACAGUUCGUUAAAAAAAAUGAGCCCAAAGAAUACAAUAAUGGAAAGGGAAAUCUUAUUUCCACGGCAAUGUGUCAAUGGCCACCACCGGACAUUAGAAAUAUUAUUGUGAAUGAGGCCUUUAAUAUCACCCUUUGUGUACAAAGUCCGCUUCAAACACAAGAGCUCAAACGGAAAAAGGAGUACAUGCUGCGAGAACUGUUUGGAUUAUCGAAAAUGAAGGGAGCCUUUACCUUUGAAGGCCCAAGGCUGUUACCCCGGCAAUUUUGGGCACGGAUGAGGAUUCCACAAGCCUAUCUAACCUAUCCUCAAGAUGUUCCCAUGGGCGACAUUGUUAAGGCCAUUAAAAGGGGUCAUCCCGUACCCGAGUUGUCAAAAGUGCUUACUUGGAAUGCGAGAUCAGCCUUUCGUAAAUACAUGGAAAAUGAGGCAAGUGGAAGCAGUCAACUUAAAGUUGGUGUAGUUUUCAGUAUUGGCUUGCCCCGAAAACACGGUGGAAGGAUAUUUGACCGUGAGGGUCACCUCAUCAAUCUUCCAGGAGCCUCUGGAGACCUACUGGAAAAGUAUGAUGGUCGAGAGGCUGAGGUAAUGGCGAUUAUCAACGAAGGAAUCAAGAAGGAUGGUGAUAUCUUGUUAGCAGACUACGAGGAUACGUAUUACAACCUUACUUGGAAAACUGUCACCAACUACCGUUGGAUGUCAGCAUUUUGUCAGCCGAAGAAUGUCAAACUCUUCAUGACCAUCGACGAUGAUCACCGAGCGAAUCUCUCCAUGGUGGCUGCUUUCUUGAACCGGAUUCCGCAGCACACAAGACGCAAUUCUCUCUUUGGAUAUGUGGCCAGGAACGAUUAUGCUUAUCAAUCGCCUCGGAAUAAGCUAUACCUCUCCUAUCGCGAAUUUCCGUGGGAUCGGAUGUAG